AUGCAAGUACCGAACAGACCAACAGGAGUGGGAGCGUACGGGCACUCCGCCAUGCGCCAUUACGCUUCGCUCUAUCCACAGCGCAACAGUAGCCAGUGCGCAGCGGCGACCAAGCCUGCCAGCGGGAAAUCUUUCACCAUUGACGCCCUGCUCGCCAAGCCGUCGGAGACACACAUAGACCGAACGAGUCCCAUUCACUGUAGACUCAAAUACCAACCGACAGCGCCACUACAUCCCUUCCAGACCCAGAUGAGCUCAGCGCUGCCCCAGUACCUCUACUCGCCCAACAUGCUGCACACGCCGGUGCACAGUCACACACAACCCGGAUACUCUGUCUACUGCUGUCCGCCGUUCUCAUGCCAUGGGGCCUUUUACGCACACGGUAAAUGUCUAUCAAUGUCCCACUCAUUCAAACACAAGGAAGGGAAAUCCAAGCGGAUGCGCACCAGCUUCACCAACGAGCAGUUGGACCGUCUGGAGAAGGAGUUCUCCCGGCAGCAGUACAUGGUCGGCUCGGAGAGGUUCCUUCUGGCUUCGGGUCUGCAGCUCACAGAGGCUCAGGUUAAAGUGUGGUUCCAGAAUCGACGCAUCAAAUGGCGCAAGCAGAGUCUGGAGCAACAGCAGAACAAGCUGGUUAAACUGGGCCUGGCCACCCCAGUGAAGAGUCCUGGUUCUCAAGGUCUGGGGGAGGAGGCGGAGGAGAUCGAUUUCUCAGACGGAUAA